AUGGCGAACCACAACGGCAAACAAAGAGCAGAAGGUAACAGCUCCGCUAAAGAGUUCGACGAAGGAGAGCAGAGUUAUGAGGAAUGGGCUUUCCAAUAUAUUGACGCGUACUAUGAUGCUGCCAUUGAGGAAGAAAAAGAAUGCUGGAGGCUUUUACAUGCCUCGCAGGAUUCUGCUGCUGCUGUAGAGGAUGACGGCUUCAUUGAUGGUGAAAGUGAUGAAGAGUUUUCUUAUAUCGACCCAAUGAUAGCCCCGCCGGUGAACGAGUGGCCGGUCCCAGCAAUGCACCUCAGCCUCAGUCUUGUCCCUGGGUUUCGAAUCUUUCUCGUGAAGAUUUGUUGCGUCUCUUUAAUGCCGACCAGUGGAACGUUGGUGGUCACCAGAGUGGCCCUCCUGAUGUACCUCCAGCACACCCUACACCUCACAUCACCAGAGGAUGUACCACCUUUAUAA